UAUUUAUUAUUAUUAUCGCCAUUAAAUCGAUAAAAAACAUUCAUUGUUCUGCCCGUCCUUUUCAACUCCAUUUCGAUUCCUUUUUCGAUUGCGAUGCUAUGCUUUGGUGGCUCUCACGUUCCUCUGACACACCACGUUUCCUUUGCCCCAAACCUUUCUGUGGUCUUUCCAUUGCGUAAUCCGAUUCCAGUCUUCGCAUCCACGUUUUCAAUUUCUCUCCUUAUUUGUUUUUUUCAGAAUAAUUAAUUCAUGUUCGCCCUUUAUCGGGAAAGGGGAGGAAGAAAACUUUGCUUGAGGUAGAAAACAGGUUUCAGGCUAGGAAUUGAGGGUUUUGAAAUUAGCAAUCGAUUUUGGAGAACUUGGUGUGGAUAGCUCUGCGAUUUUGUAUCUACGGUGGAUUGAAUUUCUGUUGGGAAUAAACUUGAUUGAGGAACAGUAGAAAUUAGGUAUUCAUUUGUCUGUAUUGAGGAUUAGAUUCUUUGUGAUUUUUGGCCAUUGGUGACGAUGGGAAAGCGUGGUGGAAAGGGGAAGAAAUCUCCGGGAGAUAAGGCCGGGGGAGAGUCGAAUUUCCGGCAGGUUAAGGCAGUCGAAAACAUUACCAAAUCUUAUGAUGAGGACACAGCAGUGUUCAUUUUGAUGUCUAGGGAGCUCAAAGAUGAGGGCAAUAGGUUGUUUCAGAUGAAGGAUUAUGAGGGAGCAAUGUUGAAGUAUGAUAAGGCGAUAAGUUUGCUUCCGAGGAGCCAUGUUGACGUGUCGUAUUUGAGGAGUAACAUGGCGGCCUGCUAUAUGCAGCUGGGGAUAACUGAGUAUCCGAGGGCGAUUCAUGAGUGUAAUUUAGCUCUUGAAGUCACGCCGAAUUACAGCAAGGCCUUGUUGAAGAGGGCUAGGUGUUACGAGGCAUUGAACCGGCUGGAUUUGGCGUUGAGAGAUGUUGGGACAGUGCUGAAGAGGGAACCGAAUAAUCUGAUGGCCACUGAAGUUGCAGAGAGGGUUAAGCAGACGAUUGAGAAACAAGGGCCGUUGGAUGUUGAAAUCCCUGUGGAUUUGGUGCCAUUGCCGGAGGAGCCACCGCCGCAGCCACCUCAAAGCAAGGCAGCUAAAGGGAAGGCUCGGAAGAAAAAAUUGAAUAAAGUUGAGGAGAACAACAGAGAUGAUGACAUGAAAGAGGAAAAUAAGGGUGAGGAAGAAAUGAAGAUAGAAGGAGAAGAGGUCAAAGCUAAUGGUGAAGAAGCAGUGAUGAAAAUCGACGACGCGAAUGUGGAAAAGAGAAGUGGAAAAACUGAGGAUGGGAAUAAGGAAAAGAAAACAAAAACUGCAAAAGCAGAGGCUGCAAAUAAGGGAAAGAAAAUCGGGAAAACUGUGGAUGUGAAUGGGGAAAGAAAUUCCGAGGACAAAUUGGUGGUGGAGGAAGAAAAAAUUAGUAACGGCCAUGGAGAGGAGCCGAGUAGGUCAGUGAAGUUAGUAUUUGGGGAAGAUAUACGAUGGGGUAAGAUUCCUUUCGCCUGCAGCAUUCAGAAAGUAAGGGAAAUUGUUUCUGAUCGGUUUCCCGGCUUGAAGGCUGUUCUUGUCAAGUAUAGGGAUCAAGAAGGUGAUUUGAUUACAAUCACCACGACCGAAGAAUUGAGGAUGGCUGAAGCGAGUGCAGAGAACGGGUCGAUGAAGCUGUAUGUAGUUGAAGUUAAUCCCGAUCAAGAUCCUCUGUUUCGGAAGAUUAAAAAUGAUGAAUUGGAAGGAAACAUCGACAAGAAAAAUAGUAACGAAAACGGACAUGUAGGGGAAAGAAAGGAAGUGCAAAGUGAAUCAGCUUGUAUAACUGAUUGGAUAGUUCAGUUUGCUCAACUCUUCAAGAAUUAUGUCGGUUUUGAUAUCGACGCUUAUCUCGAUCUUCACGAGGUUGGAAUGAAGCUCUGUUCGGACGCCAUGGAAGAGACUGUAACUAGUGAGGAAGCUCAAGAACUUUUCAAUGCCGCAGGCGACAAAUUCCAGGAAAUGGCGGCAUUAGCUUUAUUCAACUGGGGGAAUAUUCACAUGUCUCAGGCGAAAAAGCGGGUGAAUUUUAGCGACGAAUCUCCCAGAGAAUCCAUGGCUUCACAGAUCAAAUCUGCACACGAUUGGGCAAAGGCGGAGUAUAUAAAAGCCGGAGAACGAUAUUCCGAUGCUCUAAGAAUCAAACCGAAUUUCUAUGAAGCCGUUCUAGCUCUUGGGCAGCAACAAUUCGAGCUGGCGAAACUUUCUUGGAAUUAUGCAGUCGGUACUGACGUUGAGCCGGAAUUGUUUCCGUCGACAGAAAUUAUCGAGCUCUACAACAAGGCUGAGGAGAAUACGGAAAAGGGAUUGCAGAUGUGGGAGGAUGGGGAGGAAAAACGAGUCACGGAUCUAUCUCUCCCGAAUAAAGUUGAACCUAUCCUACGCGACAUGAAACUCGAUAAUUUGUUGAAUCAUAUAACAGAAGAUGAAGCAGCGGAGCAGGCGGAAAACAUUCGAUCUCAGAUAUAUAUUUUAUGGGGCACGAUGCUGUAUGAACGAUCGAUUAUGGAAUUCAAACUGGGACUUCCGGUGUGGCAAGAAUGCCUUGAGGUUGCAGUCGAAAAAUUCGAGCUUGCCGGCGCUUCUCAAACCGAUAUCGCUGUCAUGAUAAAAAGCCAUUGUUCAAAUGACACGACGUUGGAAGGCUAUGGGUUCGACAUUGAUGAGAUAGUUCAGGCAAUGAAUGAGAUGUAUGAUGCAAAAAACUGGCAGAAAAGAAUUCCCUCGUUCCGAUUAGAGCCAUUACUUCGACGGAAAGUUUCGAAACUCAAUUUUGUCGUUGAAAAUGCAUAAAUGCGCCUGCGGAAGUGUCACUAAGUACAUAAGCAGCUGUGCGUCGUGCUUGGCAGGACAGUUGGUCUAUUACUUUCUCGAAUUACAUUCUUGGCUUCCAUGUCUCUUCAUCUGUUCAUUUAAUUACGUUGUAAAAAGCAUGAGGUUUGUUGCGCCCGACUCGACAGGCAGAUUGUUGUGUCUUUUCUUGUUAGUUGUUUUCUGCACGGCAGAAUACAACGAUCGAUUGUUACACUAGCACGGCAGCUAGUUAUUUAAUUGAUAGCAGGAAAUCAGUAAUUUUUGUGUUGAACAUAGAGCGCCGGAGGAUAAUGUUGAAGGGGUAGAAACUACCUUUUUUUGUUUCUGCUCGACUCAGCACCGUCUACCCUGCCCCAUAGGUAAUUCUUGAAAGAUUCGAGCAACAUUAUUUUGUUUCUUCUGUUGUAUUUGUAUUUGUAUUGGUUGUAUUUGUAUUUGUAUUUGUAUUUUUAUUUGUUGUAUUGUAUUGUAUGUUUCUUAUUGUCGAA